AUGGGUGAGCAGUGGUUCAAAAGUUGCUUGCCGGAGGAAUAUUAUGAGCAAUUCAUUAAUGAAGGGAUUUAUCCUGAUGGACGCUCUGUAUCGGCGUUUAGAUCGCUUUAUUUCAAACUUGGUGCUUGGGGAGGUGUUGGAUCGGCAUUGGUAAAAUUAGGGGGCGUCGCUGUCUCGUGCUCCGUUCAUGCUUCGUUGGCUCUCGUUCAUGAUGGGCCUCUCGUUUCAUGCGAGAUUGAUUCUUACAAAAUUCAGGCAGAGAUUAGCAAUAUCAAUGACAUGCUUAUGGAAGUCUUUGCAAACAAUUCACUUACUCUUCGUUCUGCUUUGCUCGUGAAGGGAAAUGAUGAAGGAAUAUCUAUGACAUGGGAGCUAAUCUUUCGUGUGCAAGUAGGUAUUCUCAACUCCGACGGCUCGAUUCCAGACGCUGUGUUUUGUGCAGUUUCAGCUGCAUUAUUCGAUACUCGUCUGCCAUCCAUUCUACUGACGCAUAGUAAAGACGACGAGGCUCCCCUUCGACAAGAAGAGAUAUCAGUCCUCGAUGAGCUACUGGUUGAUCCUCCUCAUGACCUCAUUGAAAAAUGCUCCGCAAAGGUCUCAUUUGUAACGGAUGGUACCAACGUUUUGGCUAUGUCUAUUCGUGGUGUUCUCACAGAGGAGAAUCUAUUUUCAUCAAUGGCGUCAGUGGCUGCGCGGCGCCACCAAGUUGUCAUGGAUGCGAUAAGACAUCAUACAUCUCUCUGA